AUGGUGAGCCGGGGGACGGGGAGAAAACAACCCGAGCCCAUAAAACCGAGCCUGAAGGCAGCUCAACAGGAAAUCUCUUCUCCCCUCGUCUCGACUGCCUGGUAGCAACAUAGUGCACGUUUCAUUAGUUCAGUAAGUUUACCGCCAGACAUGAUCAAUAAUAAUGACUGCCCCGGCUAACACCAGCUAGUUGGGCCACCUCAUAAACAUGCUAAAUGCCUUUUGUUCUUUUAUUAUCUCUUAUUCCUGUAGUCUUAAGUGAAAUAAUAUUGAAUAAGCUAGCUCACACCCCCAAUUUAUUCCUAGGAUGCUAACUGGUAAUGCAAAUGAGCCCAUGAUGGCAGUCUAGCAGCACAGCAUGCUCCACAAAGUAACGUUAUUGCUACACAUAUACUGACGCAUAUUAAACCUGUCAGGAGUACAACAUGGAAAUUAACUUGCAUGGAUAAAAUUGCACAUUUACUUGUUGGGUUUACACACUAUGAACACUUGGGCAAUGUAAUGCAGUCCUAUACAAUAACUCCACCAUGAGAAGAAGCUCUUCAAUUUUCUGUCUUUCUGUCUCUGUACUUUACAUUCAUGGUUGAAAACAUGGUGGUGGUGUACUGGUGUGUUAUAUUGUAAGGGUUUUCUUUACAUUUUGUUUACUUGAUAAACAAACAAACAGUAGGGAGGGAGGGGGUUAUACACUCCAGUAUACCACCAACACCCUCUACAACUUAAGCAAUUGAAAGAAUAAUUAUCACCCGGCUGACUAUAUCAAUAAAAUCUGAAAAUGCAUAUAAGCAGAAUCUAUAGUGAUGCUGUUGUAUUACAAAACCCAAUUCCAUUGAAUUUAGGAAAUUGUGAUAAACAUAAAUAAAAACAGAAUACAAUAAUUUGAAAAUCCUUUUCAAGCUAUAUUCAAUUGAAUACACUACAAAGACAAGAUAUUUAAUGUUCAAAAAGAACCAUCCAGACUGUUAUCGACGCAAAGUUCAAAAGCCAGCAUCUGUGAUGGUUUGGGGGUGCAUUAGUGCCCAAAGCAUGGGUAACUUACACAUCUGUGAAGGCAACAUUAAUGCUGAAAGUUUCGUACAGGUUUUGGAGCAAUAUAUGCUGCCAUCCAAGCAAUGGACGCCCCUGCUUAUUUCAGCAAGACAAUGCCAAGCCACAUUCUGCACGUGUUACAACAAUGUGGCUUCAUAGUAAAAGACUGCGGAUACUCGACUGGCCUGCCUGCAGUCCAGACCUGUCUCCCAUUGAAAAUGUGUGGUGCAUUAUGAAGCGUAAAAUACGACAACGGAGACCCCGGACUGUUGAACAACUGAAUUAGUCUCCUCAGUUCCCAAACGUUUAUUGAGUGUUGUUAAAAGGAAAGGUGAUGUAACACAGUGGUAAACAUGCCCCUGUCCCAACUACUUUGGCAUGUGUUGCAGCCAUGAAAUUCUGAGUUAAUGAUUAUUUGCAACAACAAAAAAAAAGUUUGAGUUUGAACAUUUAAUAUCUUGUCUUUGUAGUGUAUUCAAUUGAGUAUAGGUUGAAAAGGAUUUGCAAAUCAAUGUAUUCUGUUUUUAUUUACGUUUAUCACAAUUUCCCAACUUCAAUGGAAUUGGGUUUUGUAGAUUAAAUGAUGAGAAACAAGGACGAGCUGAAAAAUGGAAACCAUGAAGGUGUUGUGAGAGACCUGCCUAAUGCAUAAUAUUACAAUCAAGGGCAAAGCGUUAAGGUUCACAAAACAACUAAAGACAAAAUAUAGGGGUUGAAAAAAAGAGAUAAGUACCAAAAUUUAUACUGAUAAUGAAAGACGUCUCAUAAAGUGAGGAAAUAUGUAGAUACACUGAGGAUAAGACUCAUUAUUAGUGAAUUGACCCAGCAGAAACUGUAUGUGUUGUUAAAGCAGUGAGACUUUCUGGAUCUGAUUGAUAUCUCAAUAAAAGAGCAUCAUGAAAAAGGCUGGGUGAAGUUUGUUUUCUGACCUUGUUUGAAUAGACUUGAGAGUUACACUGAUGUUUUGAGAGAUAACUGGGAUUUCAUUUUGAUUAAAUUUGAUUUUUACUUUCCUAAUAUUAGCAAAAGUACUCAACAGAAUUUACCAACCGUAGCCUAACCUGUGUCACAGUGGGAUCCAAGUAUUUGCAGUCGUGCCUUGAAAAAAAAAGACAUAAAAUCUUUAUAACAGCCUCGCCAUAAAUGAGGCAGUAACCAUCAAGUCAAACAAUGCCCUGCCCUGUGGAUCAGCAUAGACACACAAAGACACAAAUAAGAAAGUAAUUAGUCUUGAGAGAUCAAAUAUUUACCGUAAACAGGAAAAAGUAUCCCAAAUGCAGAUAAGACCGUCUCAAUCAUUUUCUUGUUUAUUGAGUGAAUUAUUCUGGUUUUACUUUUGAAAGACUGAUAAGAUUUCAUGUUUAUUACCUGUCAGUGAGGAAAGUUAUGUCAAUACAGCGAGGCAAUUAAGCGUUGUAGUUUGUGUCUGUCAUGUGAGCAGUUUUAAAGACAGACUGCAACUGAUUACAGCAGAACUUACUGCGUACAUGAUUGAAUUAUACUGUAAGAUAUUUGAUCGUAUCUGGGCUCUGAGCAGCAGUCGAAAAACAAUGACUAUAUUCCAGUUUAGGAUGGGUGAACUUUGUAACAUUUGUAUGGAGGCUCAAACAUCCAAAAAAGUAAUGCUUUGUAGACUCUGCACAUAAGCUAUGAUCUUCUUCACAUGCAAUUUUACUUACAAAUGAUAAUAUCAAAAACAUAUGUCAACACAAACCAGGCUUGCACAGAUUUUUGUGGUUGCAGUUUAACAGAAUAAUGAUGUGUUGAGUGGAGACAAGUCUUGACAGUGUUCGCUGGGUUUAUGCUCCAUAAAUUGACAAUAUGCAUGAGUUAUUGUUUCACUGAUAAAACAGCUGAGUAAUUGAUCAAUAAUCAGUAUCAGUAAUUGAUCAAAGCUUUUCUUUGUGUUAGUAAGCUAUAAAGCCUAAAGGUAAUCAGUUUCUGCAGAAAAAAAUGUGGGCAAAAACCUAAAACACUUCACAGAUUGAAAGCUGCUUUGUUAUAUUUUUAAUGCAGAAAAAAACAGCAAAGGUCAAUCUUUGAGGAAGUAUCUCACACUGAAAUGUGUUGACAAAUUUUAUAUACAACUUGCUUGACAUUUCUUGUGUUUCCUCCAUCAGAACAUACAGUUAGGACUCUGGCCCGCGAACAAAAAUCAUCCACGACAUGUGAGCCCUGACACCACUGUCCCAGAUUGUCUUUACCAGAAGUAGAAGUGAACAGAGUUGAGGUUGGCAAUGUCAAGCCGCAGGAAAUCUACCACACCUUGCAUGGUGCUGCCCUCUGAUGUGGUGGAACAGGAAGAGGUCGAGGAGAAAGCAGAGAAGACAAAAGAGGAAGGGGCAGAGGAGGAGGAGAGGAAGGUGAAGGAUGGAGCUGAAGAGGUGCCAUCUGCAGAGGAGCUGGAUCAGGCCGUGUUGGUUGUGCCCACACCUCCAGACACAGGUGAGAUCUUUCUUGGCAGAUUGCCUUAAGUAUAAAUAUACAUAUGUGGAAAUUUAUGGAAGAAAAUCUUUUGUAAAUCUGAACUCAUGUCAAAGUAUUUCAGCUGCAUUUUUAUGUCACAGACGAGCCCAGUGCUUCAACUGCAGAAGACAGUGAAGCCCUCGGCCCCUCAGUGAAGCGCGGUGCUGCAAACCCUCCUGAUGACCCGAGCAGUGACCAGCAGGCCCAGGAACCACAGAGCGAUACGCAAGAGGAGGCAGCUGCUGACUCUGCCUCAGUUACUGCUAUCUCUCUCAGCAAGACCCCCAUCAUGAGGAUGAAGACCAAAUCUGAACCCAAGAGGAUCGCUGUGUCCCUGAAGUCGGCAGACGAGGGGGUUGAGGGCUUUGGAGCAGGCGGAGAAGGAGAGGUGGGAGGAGAACAGGAGCCCAUCGAAGCUCCUCUAGGGCCAAUGACACCUGUGGAGAUGCUGCUGCACGACUCUAUGAAACUUGGGGGAGGUGGCCUGCUGGUCAGCCCUUCAGAGCAGCAGAGGAAAUCUUCCACUUUAAACCCCACGGUGCUACCUGCAGGCCUGGCACAGGUAGACAGUCCUGGAGUAAUUAUAGUCCAUCUUACCAUAUCUUUUAAAAAAUUAAUGUGCUAAGACUCGACUUGAAAAACAGAGUUCAACCUUUGCCACUUUGAAAGCUGUAUCAGUCUUGACCUUUCUUAUCUCUCCUCACUCUGUCUCUCAGGUUCUCUCUGCUUUCCAGGCCCAGCAGAGUGCAGCAGCAGCUCAGCCUCAGCUACUCAUUCCCCUUAGCAGCAUCCCCUCCUACAGCGCGGCUAUGGACACCAACCCCCUGCUUGGUAGCACAUACAAAAAGUUUCCUUACCCCUCCAUGGCUGAGAUUAGCAGUCUGGCAGCACAAACGCAGUUCACAGAGGAGCAGAUCAAGGUAAGGGAGAGUUAGUGGGCUGUCUGAAGGAGAUUUUCUUCCCUGAACGAAUGAUGUGUCUUGAUUUCUGCCUGUUUAAGACAUCUUUGAAAGCAAUACUUCUUGUUUUUGUAAACUUUUAGCAGUCUUGAUCUAAGGCUGCAGUGUGCAUUUGGUAAAAGCCUUUUUUAAUUGUACUCUAUCUACACCCAGGUGUGGUUCUCUGCACAGAGACUGAAGCAUGGUGUAAGCUGGACUCCAGAAGAGGUUGAAGAGGCCAGAAGGAAACAGUUUAAUGGCACAGUGCACACAGUGCCUCAAACCAUCACUGUCAUACCUGCUCACCAACUGUCAGCAGCUGCCAACGGCCUGCAGUCCAUCCUUCAGACCUGCCAGAUAGUGGGCCAACCCGGCCUGGUGUUCACACAGGUAGGUAAGGAAGGGAAGGGAACGUGCCAUUUUUAGCAAGACUGGGCAGACUUCAGUCAGAAACAAGUCAACCUGGGAUAUAUACAUGUGGAAGUUUGAUAUCAAACCUCCUGGACUGUCUGCUUUGCUUCAGGGGGUCUCCUUUGAGAGUUAUCUUGAUAUCACAAUCAUGUCAGUUACUUUAGAUUAUUGUGAAAGAUUAUAUAUUUUGGGAUUUGCCUUUAUUGGGAGGACAACUUGAGAGAGUCAGAGCAGAAUAAAAUGUGCUAAAUCAUGCAGGGUCCAAGACAAAUCUGAUCCCAUGACCGGUGCAAAGAGAACUGUUGCCCCUGGACAUGGGGUGCCUGUUCCAAAACUGGUGCCCCAGUCGCUUUCAGAUCAAGUUAAACGGCAGAAAACUGAACAUGGCUUCAAACCAUUCAACUGACUUUGAACAUAGACACAGCUUUGACCUCAUCCACUUGCUCAGUUCCUGCCUCUGUGCUUCAGAUAUGAUGAAUCAGUUCAAAGUAUCAUUUAAAAAUUAAAGUUUUAUCAAAGCAGAAAUGUUCCCUGAGCUGUGUAAUUAAACAGUCUGUUUUCUGAUUUUUUGAAUAAGGUAAAAAAAUGUGACACUUUCAGAGCUACAUUAUUCUGUUCAUCUUUUUGAUUCAUUAAGAAUGACUUUAUUUAUCCCCGAAGGGAAAUUCAUGGUCAUUAUUUUAAUUGAGGCCAAACAUGCAAGGUUCCCCCUUGAAAUCCCUCCUGAAAUAUGUGUAAUUGGUCUGUGUUUGGAUCUUUUUUUUUUUGGUUUUGUUAAGAGAAGGAAAAGGAAACAGUCUUAUCAAAAUAAGUUUAAAUCCAGUGGAUGAAUACAACACAGCAAGGCUGACUUUAAAACCGUUUUAAUCGUCCGUCCACAUGAUUAAGUUUUAUGAUAAACAAAAACAAACACACCCCAGCCUGUAUCAACCUCACACGCCCUCUGUUGUCACAUGAUGUGGAUCUCUGUGUAGGUCGGCCCUGGGGGGAACCUUCCAGUAACCAGUCCCAUCACUCUAGCCGUGGCAGGACUGCCCAGUCAAUCCCAGAGCUCCAGCAGGGGUUCCUGCCAGCCCACCCUGACAAACAAUGAGCUAAAGCGGGCCACAACAGUCCAGCCCCCUUCUCUUUCUCCACAGGUGAGUAUAGCAGAGGUUCACGGUGCUGUUUUUUUUUUCUUCUACAAGUUUGCUCAUGCGAUUAAACAGCUGUUUUUCUUUCUUUCUAUUUUCAAGGAGAACUCAGCCCUCAGUGCUGACACAUUCAGUUUGCGGCCGAAGAAGUCCAAAGAGCAGCUGGCAGAGCUGAAAGCCAGCUACCUGAAGAACCACUUUGUCACUGAUGCAGAAAUCGCCAGGCUGAUGAAAGUCACAAAUCUGACGAAGGGAGAGAUUAAAAAAUGGUUCAGCGACACAAGAUACAACCAGCGAAACUCAAAGAACAGCCAUGUUAUCGUUUUCCACGAUGGAGGAGGAGGAAGGGGUAGCUGUAGCAGCAGUGCCACCACCACGAUUGUCAUUGACUCCAGUGAUGAGACACCCACAUCUCCACAUCCUCCUCGCACUCCUCCUGUAAAAGAGAAGGAAACGCGUCCCAAAACGUGGAACCCUUUUCCAGAUUUUACCCUGCAGAAGUUUAAAGAGAAGACUCCGGAGCAGCUGGUGGUGCUGGAGGAGAGUUUUGAGAAGGGCAGCACUCCGUCUGACGAGGAACUGAGCCGCCUGAGGACGGAGACGAAACUGACACGGAGGGAGAUCGACGCCUGGUUCACUGAGAGACGAAAAAUGCCAUCCAUCAGUACAUCCUCACCAGAUUCUUCGGAGGGGGGUAAGAUGGAAACGGAUGGAGGGAAAGCAGGAGAAGAAGCCAGCUCCUCUUCUCCUUCUGCCUCCUCGUCUCGCAAAGGGAGCCAAACUCCUCCCGGCGGUCGAGGUAAGCAGCUGCCCUCUACCAGCGGCAGCAAAGACAUAAAAGAUAAGACUAAAAAGACUCCAGAGCAGCUCCACAUUCUGAAAAGUGCCUUUGUGCGGAACCAGUGGCCCACAACUGAGGAGUACGACCAGCUGUCAGAGGAGAGCGGCCUCCCCAGGUCCUACAUCGUCAGCUGGUUCGGGGACUCCCGGUACUCUUGGAAGAACAGCAACCUGAAAUGGUUCUUCCAGUACCAAAGCGGAAAUGUGGAAGGGCCAAAUAGCGGAGGAGGCAAUAAAAUGGGUGGCAACAGUGGGCGGAAAAGACGUGGCCGGAAUCGUGGUUGGGGACGUUCCCGGACCAGAAAACAGCCAAGGAGGUCCGCUUCCUAUAGCGCGGAUGUUGACAGAUCUCCCCCUGCCAAGAAGCUCAAGAGUGGUAGGGAGAUCCUGAAGGAGUACUAUCUGAAGUAUCGUUUCCUCAAUGAGCAAGACCUGGAUGAGCUCGUAACCAAGACCAACAUGAGCUAUGAACAGGUAACGGUGUUAGUUUUUUUAUAUUGUAGUAAUGGGGAUCAAGAAAGAUAAAGCGUCCUAGUCCUGUCAGCUGCUGUUGAGGUUUUCUAAAACGAAGGGUUUACUGUAGAUCGAGACUAGGGCUGGGAAGUCCUAGUUGACUGGUGGACUUAUUAGUCCAUACGUGCUGAGUCUGAUUGGUCCACUUGAUUUUUCCCACAUCAAUUUACAGUGUGGCUCAUUUCAUCAGGAGGAAUGUACCAAGUGCUGUCAGAGCUGGAACACCCCCCCUAGUCGAUUUUUGGUCGAAAAUUUCAGGGUUUUAGUCGACCAAGAAUUUUUUUGCUGAUUACAUCCCUAGUCGAGACUUCAAAGAGUCUGAAUAUGCAAAAAGACAUUUCAAAAUGUCUGUGGCUGAAGAAUCACAAUGACAGAUGAAGUGCUCACCCACUUGUUUAAGUGUGUAACUGUGCCUCAAGCAUGGUUUUAUGAAGAUGCUCAUCUUGGUUGAGUUUUGGAUCUGAAGUAAGUGAAGAUCUUCAAAGAUUAAACAUUCAAGACAAAAAAACUUUUUUUUUUUUUACAUGAUUUGCACAAAUUUGUUGUGUUUAGUCUCUUUGCUAAAGAAACCAGGUAUAGCUAAAAUGUUGUUUGGUAGCUAGUACUAUGGCUAGGACCCUAUAUAUACUGUUGAUGAAGUUAGGUGCUGUUUUGAGCAUUAUUUGCGGCUAUAGAGUGGUGUUUUGGUUGAGGUUUGUGCGUUGAGACGUAGACUGUUGUGUAUUGCUAUCGUGCGGUUGUUGGUAUAAAGUUGGUAUAACUAGAAAAGCAAGCAGUCGGUAACAUUCACCUGUCGAGGUGUCUAACUCAGUGUUAUGGUGUGUUUGACCUAACUUAAAUUUACACCGGAAUAUCCCUUUAACUUCAAAUGUUUUUGGUAGACAUCACAAACGUCAUUUCUCUGCCUGUCACAAGGUGAGGGACUGGUUCGCCGAGGUCCAGCGUCGCUUGGAGGCGGGGUCAGAUCCUUUCGAGGAGUCAACUGCAGGCAAACCAGGAGAUGAGGCCGAGACGCGGGGAGAGGCGUCCACGGCCACCGAGGAGCAGAGCGGCACUGCGUUGGGAGAAGAUGAUGAAGAAGAAGAAGAAGGGGACGAAGAGGAGGACGGUGAUACAGAUGACAGUGAGGUUUGGGAGCCGUCGCGUAGCGUGAGGAAGUCCUUGUCAGUUUCUGAGGAUUAA